AUGACAUUCUGCUCUGUGUGUGGCGCUGAACACGUGCAAAAUGCGAAAUUCUGUCAUAAAUGUGGCGAUGAAAUUGUGCCACAACGACAACAACGUCAACAUGAUCUGCCAAGCACGCCAUCGACUUCGAGAGUUUCUACGCCUAUAAACACGAAUGAUGGGAAAAGUUCUGCGCGGAAAGUAGUACUUCUAGUAGCAAUCAUGCGAACAGAUUAUCGUUUAGUGCGUAUCGUAUGAGGAAAGAAGGGGAAAGAUAUGUUUUAAACCCAAGCUGGGACCCAAAGCAAAGAAAUCAAAGACCCAGGAUACAAGAAAGGCUGUGGAUGUAAAAGUCAAUGUUGGCAUAUUGAUAUGCAGAGAUGGAAAGCUUAUUCCAAAAAGAAACACGACGUUGCCGUUGACUGUGAGCGACCUCACUGGAGUAAAAGAGUUACUUAAUAAAGCAGUUGAAAAACAUAGCAGAUUUAACAGUGACUUAAUUUCUAACAAUCCUGAGCUGUAUAAAUUGUUGUUCAGCAACCAUGCUAGGGUGCUGGAAACAAUUCCAGGAUCUGAUUAA